AUGGAUAAUAAAAGAAAAAAUGAAAAUGGUAUUGUUUUAGUAGAUAAUAAUAAUAAUGGUAGUAGUGGUGGUAGAAUAAAAAAACAAAAAGGAGAACUAGCAGUAAUAACCAAAGGUGAAGGUAGAGAAAUUAUAUUGGGUACUGAAAGAACAUCAAAAUUAGAGCAUCCAAUUAUUCAAUUAACAGGGCACAAAGGAGAAGUUUAUACUUGUAAAUUUAAUUCAUAUGGUACUGCUUUAGCAAGCGGUGGUUUUGAUAAAGAAAUAUUUUUAUGGAAUGUUUAUGGUGAAUGUAUAAAUUAUUCUGUAUUAAAAGGACAUAAAGGAACAAUUUUAGAAUUACAUUGGUCAACAGAUUCAAACGAAAUUUAUUCAGCAUGCACUGAUAAAUCUAUUGGUGUAUGGGAUGCAAAUAAAGGAGAAUUAAUAAAAAGAAUUCGUGAACAUACAGCAGUAGUAAAUUCAUGUUAUCCAGCUAGACGUGGACCACCAUUGGUAGCAUCAGGAUCAGAUGAUGGCACAGCAAGAGUAUUCGAUACACGUAGCAAAGGAAGCACUCAUACACUCAAACAUAAAUACCCAAUUACAAGCGUAUGUUUUUCAGAUGCAUCUGAUCAAUUAAUUAGUGGUGGUUUAGAUAAUAUCAUUCGUAUUUGGGAUUUACGUAACGACGAAGAACCAUUAAUAACAAUGAAUGGUCAUCAAGAUACCAUUUCGGGUAUGAGUGUUAGCAAAGAUGGUGCCUAUCUCUUAUCAAACUCUAUGGAUAACACACUCAGACAAUGGGAUAUUAGACCCUAUGCCCCUCAAAAUAGAAAUAUUAAAACAUUUAUAGGUGCCCAAAAUAAUUUUGAAAAAAAUUUAAUCAAAUGUUCAUUUUCACCAGAUUCAAGAAGAGUGGCCACUGGCUCCUCCGAUCGUCAAGUUUAUAUUUGGGAUUCAAAUACAACAAAGAUACAAUACUGUUUACCUGGUCACAAUGGUACCGUUAAUGAAGUAGCAUUCCAUCCAAACGAACCAAUUAUUGCUUCCGCCUCUUCUGAUAAAUCAAUUUAUUUGGGUGAAAUUAAACUUUAA